CGCUCUCGCACCCGUUAACGUGCACGAUCACCACACACCGAUUGAAUUAAAGUCAAGAUGGCGACCGAGGGCGAAUACGAGUCGAUCCUGUGUGUGAAACCUGACGUCAACGUUUACCGAAUCCCGCCGCGGGCAUCGAACCGGGGAGUCAGGGCUGCGGAUUGGAAGCUGGACGCCCCUGAUUGGACAGGCCGUAUGAGAGUGACGGCUCGGGGAAAAGUGGCUUUCAUCAAACUGGAGGACAAGAUCUCUGGGGAGCUGUUUGCACAGGCACCAGUGGACGAGUACCCUGGCAUCGCCAUAGAAACCGUCAGUGACUCCAGUCGGUACUUUGUGCUUCGGAUCCAGGAUGAGAGUGGUCGCAGUGCGUUCAUAGGCAUCGGGUUUGGGGACAGAGGAGACUCGUUUGACUUCAACGUGGCGCUGCAGGACCACUUCAAGUGGGUGAAACAGGAGCUUGAGAUCAGUAAGCAGUCUCAGACUCCAGACAACACUCCUAAACUGGACCUGGGUUUCAAAGAAGGACAGACCAUCACUCUCAAUAUCGGGCAAGGCAGAAAGAGAGACAAGUCCCGCCCCCAGAGCGCUGGUGGCUUUGGGCUCCUCCCUCCUCCCCCUAGCGGUGGAGGCACCAAGAUAGCCCCUCCCCCUAUGUCAAGCUCCUCCAAUGACAACGAAGGUUUAUUCUCAGGGGGAGACUUAUUCACUGCGGGAAGUGACUCGUUUUCAGGGGGAAGUGACACAUUUUCAGGAGGAAACAACACAUACUCAGCAGGAAGUGACAUGCUCUCAGAGGGAAAUAACACAGGCUGUUUGUUAGACCUGGACAGCAGUAACUCCAACUCUGUGGUGCAGCCGAACCCCAACCCUGCAGGCGGCUCGGACAUGUGGGGAGACUUCUCUGCCCCAGAAAAGUCAAUGUCUUCUCUCACCAACGAUGAUGGUUCCACCAACUGGCAGCAGUUCUGAGGUCGUCGCACAAUCUCUUUCACUUGACCUUCACCUGACCUUUAACCCCUGACCAGAGGAGGACUCCAGCAGAACACUGUAUAUUAUCACCUCAACCUCAGUGUACUCUUUCUCUCUCUUCCCCCUCUCUUUAUUUAUCUCUCUCUCUUCACCCCUCUCCUGGCUUCCUCUCCUUACCAUCCUCUCCCUCUACAUCUUUCCCUCUCAGCCCCAAAGUUACUCUCUCCCCCCGUCUCCUCUCCUUGCCCUUCUCUCCCCCCGUCUCCUCUCCUUGCCCUUCUCUCCCCCCGUCUCCUCUCCUUACCAUCCUCUCCCUCUACAUCUUUCCCUCUCAGCCCCAAAGUUACACUCUCUCCCCCCAUCUCCUCUCCUUGCCCUUCUCUCCCCCCGUCUCCUCUCCUUGCCCUUCUCUCCCCCCGUCUCCUCUCCUUACCAUCCUCUCCCUCUACAUCUUUCCCUCUCAGCCCCAAAGUUACACUCUCUCCCCCCAUCUCCUCUCCUUGCCCUUCUCUCCCUCUGUCUCUCUAUCUAUUGCAACAGAGUAUUUAUUUAUUACUGAGGGAAAAGACUGAGGGCAAAUCUCUUUAAAUGAAAGAUGGUACAGAAAGGAAUGAUGGUGACUCACACUAAUAUAGUCUUGAUAAAUAAAUACAUUAGUUAAUUUAUGUACAUAAUA